AGAGCAGCUGAGUGAUUCAAUAGAAAGUCUUCGGCGACAAAGCUUCUCCAAAAACGGCAUAUUUUGAUUGGGAUUUUUCGUGUUGGGGGACCUCCUUGGUUUGCCACCCGAGCAGGGAAAAUAUGGAGCACUACCCGGAUCAGCAGGCAUACGAUGGCAUGGAGCUGCUCGAUUGGCUGUUUGAUCAAAACGAUGGAAUCCUCCGGCACGAGGAAGAGGGACAAUGUGACAACCAGCAGCAACACUGGCCCGUGCAGGAACCAAAUCAGAUGCUCCAGCUGGCUGAACAGGCCGACGCCGACUUCAUCAACGCUCUCCUGAGUGGAGGCGAAUCAGCGUCGGGCUCGCCUCUCUGGUCCCCCUCGCCGAGCGACAGCGGGAUCAGUGAGGAACCACCCUCGGACCAGAUGGAUAGCCCUCAGCGACCCGAGAGCCCCCCCGCCGAUUUUCAUUGUCUGGGUCUGAGGUCGCAGGCCAAGGCAGCCUUGGAGGCCCAAGUGCCCAUUAAACCCAACGUCUGGGAGGUCGAGCGCCCCGCCGACAGGAUAAGAUAUCCACAAUAUUCCUCGAACGUAAACAGAGCGCCACUGUGUUCUGGCUCCGCUCUGACUGUUAAGGAUCUGCUGCUGAGUGGCACGGCCGAACCCCCUCCGCAGCCAUUCCAACAGUCCGUUCAAGAAUUGAUUCUCAAUGAAGAUGAGAAGAAGCUACUUGCCAAGGAGGGUGUGAGUCUGCCGAGCCAAUUGCCGCUCACCAAGUAUGAAGAAAGGAUCCUAAAGAAAAUACGGAGAAAGAUUCGUAAUAAGCAGUCGGCCCAGGAGAGCCGUAAAAAGAAGAAAGAGUACAUUGAUGGACUGGAGAGCAGGAUGGCUGCAUGCAGCGCACAUAACCUGGAGUUGCAGCGGAAAGUAUCUCAGCUGGAGAAAUGUAACAUUUCACUGAUAGAACAGUUGCGCCGGCUCCAAGCUCUGGUCAUGAAUACAUCCAACAAGCCGGCCCAGACUGGGACAUGUGUGCUGGUGCUCUUGUUGUCCUUCUCCCUAAUCCUCUUCCCAAGCCUCAAGCCCUACGCUGAAACCAAAGUCAGCCAAGGAGACUUCAGCCCAGUCAGAAUCCAGUCAAGGUCCCUGCAGAACGUGGAGGCCUCUCGCAUCCUUCACAUCAUCGAUCCCCCGUUGCACACCCGAGACGAAUCGAAGCCCGUGCACCGGCCUUUCCUGGGAGAUUCGGGACUGGAAAUCACCACCCUGAUGGGGAACAUGAAACUGAAUCGAGAACUGGACGCAAUGUCUCCGAACAGCAGCCGGGAGGAAAGCCUGCGGCAUUUUCACGUGGACCCGGUCACCGGCCACAUAGCCACGGUGACAUUGGAUCCGAAACACUCCGCCAGGCUGCCGCCAAACGCUGAUGGCAUGUAAAAGUUGUGAUUCCUUUGAAUUGUCGUCAUCCUUUUCUUAGAGCUGUUUUUUUUUUCAAUCAUGUCAUGAAUAUUCUGUAUCCCUAGUCUUGACCUUUCUUCAUUUUUCCACGUUCUUUUGUAUCCGUGUGUGCAUUACUGAACUGUUGUUAAACUGAAAUUACUUGUCAAUUUGCGUCAAAUCAUAAGCGAUACCAGCAGUCUAAUCUCACUGGGUAAUUUAACUACAGUGGACCCCCGUUUAUUGUCGGGGAUACGUUCCAGACUCAGAGGGGAAAAUUUGCGCUAGAGACCAUAACAAAUAUUUUUGUAUACCCACACACUUUAAACCAAUUCAAACAAAUAUUUCUUACCACCUGUUCUCAUACCCGCUAACGCAGUUCUCCAAAUAAGGGGUAAAGUGUGCUCACUUCAAGCUGUUUAUUUGUCCCUCCCAGUUCGAAUUUACUGAAGACUGACAUAAAACAAGAAUAAAACAUUGUACAGUGGUG